AUGAGCAGCGCAGUGUGUGCCACAUGGCGAAUUCCGUGCUCGGGGCUCCAAGCCUCGAGAACGCUGCCCUUAGUGACGCUGGGCCCUGCCAGUCGCGAUCUCCGCAUUGCUCCGCCUUUGCGCCUAUCCUCAAACAUAUCUAGACGUCCCUUUGGCUCACUAUACCAUUUAUUCCGCACAGAGUAUCGACCGACACGACCCUCAAUUUACCCACCAUGUCGUAUCCGGACAACCGUCCCUAGCAGGACGCAGACGACCUCGACCUCUCUUGACCCCAAACCGAAGAAACUGCGUGACGACAACAGCUGGGAGGAUCCGUUCACCAAUACCGAGAUCAAGAAAAUAUUCGGACAUACAAGGAAGAUCUCGCCGAAAUUGGGCAACCGGGUUCUGGCGCUCCUGCACUCUCGUCGCUUGUCUGGCACGCUCGACAUCAACCUACCUGCCGAAGUUACCCGCACAGUCCCCCAAUCCCAGAUCGAUAAGGCUUUGGAAUGGCUUCGUGAAAACUAUCCCGUUGACGAGGAUGCAUGUAUCAUGCAGCGGAUCGAGAGGGAAGAGCGUGAGGAUGAAGAAAAAUUCAACUACCACCCGCAAAGCGGUUCAUAUGGAGCCCAGCUUGGUGAGCAGAAUGAUGCUUACGGGAGGAGUGUCUUUCAGAAAAUGCGGGAGAAAAAUGAGAAGCAGUACCUUGAAGAAGAAGAGCGCAAGCGCAAGGCAUGGCUGGAAGGCGAAGGCCAGGAGUAUGAGCAGAUGCGACGUCUAGUGAAGGGGAACACGAAAUUGCAGAAGUUUGAAGAGGCAGCUGUUGUAGAGGCUCGCCCGCGCGCGGAUCCCAGUGUGAAUCCAUAUCUGGCCUGGCGCCAACGACUUCACAUCGAGUCUGUACCCAACCAGGUCGGGGCUGUCGAUUUGACCACGUCUCAACGCCUUCUCAUGCCUCUGCUCUUUUCUUUUCUCACCCUCGGCCUCUGUUACGUCUUCGCUCAAAACUACGAGCCUCCCCAGCGGCAGGACCGUCUCUGGCCGGAUGUACCUCCAGCCCUGGCGACUGUUGGGACCAUCGUUGCAGCCAAUAUCGCUGUGACCGUUAUGUGGAGACACAUCCCCCCUUCAUGGAAGUUGCUCAACCGAUUCUUUGUCAUUGUUCCCUUCUACCCCCAUUCCGUCAGCUUGAUUGGAAGCAUGUUUAGCCAUCAGACCUUCAAGCAUCUCUUCACGAAUAUGCUUGUUUUGACAUUUAUGGGAACCCGAGUUCACGAUGAACUCGGCCGCGGAAACUUCCUGGCCAUCUAUCUGGCCUCCGGAGUGGUGGGCUCGAUGAUGUCGCUAACGAAUUUUGUCUUGUUGGGCCAGCUGGGCAUGUCCUCCCUCGGAGCGAGCGCAGGGACUAGCGGUAUUGUUGCUGCAUGGUGCAUGUUCCAUUCCAACGACAAAGUUACCCUGUGGAUUUUACCCCGCGAGUGGAGAGAUGCCAUCUGGACCCACGGCUGGAUAUUUCUUUCUGGCCUAAUUGCAGUUGAGGUUCUCAGCAUGGCAGCCCCUGCCCGUCUCUUGUCGUUCUAUCCCUUGUCGCGGCUACUGAAGAUGGACCACGUCGCUCAUUUGGGUGGUUACCUUACCGGUGCGGGGUGUGGGUAUGCCUUGUCUAAGACCCAUCCUCCGCGGAAAUUUGUUUCCAGAGCUUUGCCGGCAACA